AUGAUCAUCACAACCCCCAACUCUGCACAGAUUCACUCCGAUAAUUCGUGCUUAUUGUUCACUAUUUGGAAGAGGAAAGCUUCUGAAUUCUGCGAGCAACAACCAUUAUUACUUCGCCGCUUCGUGGCUUCGGGAAUAAACCAAACAGACAAAGUGAAUAAAGAUGUUAACGAGUUGGAUGAUGUCCAUCACGUCCAUGUCAGUAGCCCAUUGGAUCAGCAAUUUCCCUUUCCACAGCUGAUCCAGUUCCCUCAUGAUUGUAUUUUUGCAAUGGUGAACGAUGAGAUAGAAAUCUUGGAUGCCAUUUUUAAAAAGCAUUGGAUGGAAGAACAUGAACACCUGUAUUUGCGAAUCGAUGCUUUUAAAUGGAAAGAACACCAAUAA